AAUAUGCAUGACAGGCCUCUCCAGUCAUUCAAUCAUCAACACAGCCAUAGAAAAGCCGACGCAGCCACUCAUUCUGGAAUUCCAGAUGUACAUUCCACCGCGUCCGUCUCGGCCCCACGUCUGUUGUGUCUUUUCCCUGCCAUACCAAUUUCAUACCACCUUCAAAGACCCGCCAGACUACAAAACUCAAAGCACCGUAAAGCAUAAUCUCUUGUUGACAAGAUCGUAGCGGUUUAGGAAAACGGAGGACUGGGAGUUGUUUGUCAUGCAGCUCGACUUUAAUUCCAACUAUUAUCUUUUCAGGAUAUUCCUACCCCUCCCCCCCUCUUUUAUUUGCAGGACCAGGAAAGUUAGAAAAGAGAAAGCAAGAGAGAGAAAAAUAUACGUCAAUAAAGUGAUCAUAACAGCAACCAGUGAAUAACGCAUCUCUCACGCACGCGAAGUAGCUUAUACCGCUUCCCUCAUUAACGAAAACAUCCACCAAAUUCCAAGGGAGUCGGCAAUCCUCUUCUCUCCUCAUCCUCAUUCACCCGACGACCGGCGAUGGAUUUCGACGAGAUCCUCCCUGACAUCGGCGAGUACGGGACCUACCAGAAGCUGAUCCUGUGGUUCCUCCUCCUGCCGGGGACGAUGCCGUGCGGGUUCCACGCCUACAACCAGCUCUUCAUGGCCUCCACGCCCGACCACUGGUGCCGCCUGCAGAAGCUCGACGAUCUCAAUUUUACAACAGAGGUGACGAAGAACCUCAGCAUACCGUACGACAGUUCAACUCAGCAAUACAGCCGCUGCCAGAGGUACGACUACAACUACACUCAGCACCUCUCGAGCCUGGAUCCGCUGAGCCUGAUGGGAGGGGGUGGCACGGUGACCCCGCCAAGCAGCGCCAAGGUGGUGCCAUGCGACCAGGGAUGGCACUACGACCUUCCGAAAUACUCCACGUCGAUUGUCGCCGACUGGGACCUCGUCUGCGCCAACGACUUCAUGCCGACCCUCGCCCUCGUCCUCCUCGGCGCCAGCGGCCUCGUCGGGAACUUCGUCUUCGGAUACAUCCAGGACGGGUGUGGGCGGCGCCCGGCGUUCUUCAUUUACCUGGUGAUCGAGUGCGCCUUCGGGAUCGCCACGGCCUUCGCGCCCACGUUCGCCUGGUGGCUCGUGUGCCGCGUGGGCGUCGGCUUCACCGUGCCUGCCAUCAUGUCCACGCCCAUGGUGCUUGCCAUCGAGCUCGUGGGGCCCUCCAAGCGGACCUACACCACCGUCAUCAUGAACGUGGCCUACUCCUGCACGCUGAUCCUCCUGGCCGGGGUGGCCUACCUGGUGAGGGACUGGGCCCAGCUGGCGCUCGCGACGACCAUCCCCUUCCUCGCCUUCUUCUGCUUCUGGUGGGUGCUGCCCGAGUCCCCCCGGUGGCUGCUGGCGAACGGCCGCCUGACGGAGGCCCAGACGAUCAUGGAGAAGAUGGCCAGGGUGAACGGGAAGCCUCUGUCGCCGAAUUACAUGGCCAACUUCAGGAGGAAGUUCGAAGUGGAAAAGUACAUGUCGGGGCGAGAGGACGAGACGCCACAGAAGUCAUACGGUGUGUUGGAUCUCUUCAAGACGCCAAACCUUUGUCGGAAAACACUCAUCAUCACUUUCAUUUGGUUCACGAACACGUCCGUCUACGUCGGCCUGUCCUACUACGCCCCGGCGCUGGGCGGCGACGCCUACCUCAACUUCUUCCUGGCGGGCGUGGCUGAGCUGCCCACCUACCUGUUCCUGUGGCCGUCCAUGGAGUACUGGGGCCGCCGCUGGACUCUCUGCUUCUCGAUGGUGGUCGGCGGCAGCGCCUGCGUGGCGACGGUUGUCACGCAAGACGACCCCCUGGUGACGCUGGUGCUCUACUGCGUCGGGAAGUUCGGGAUCUCGUCGAGCUUCGUGGUCCUGCCCCUGAUGGCCUCCGAGCUGUACCCGACGGUGGUGCGCGGGAUGGGCCUCUCCGUGUCGGCCGUCGCGGGCAUGGUCGGCCCCAUCGUCAUCCCGCUCAUCAACCACCUCGGAUCGGAGAUGAUGGUCCUCCCGCUGAUCAUCAUGGGCGUCCUCCUGAACCUGGGCGGCGUCUUCUCCCUGAUGCUGCCGGAGACGCUGCACCAGCACCUGCCGCAGAGCCUGCAGGAAGGGGAGGAGUUCGGCAAGUACUGGACUAUGGCGGACUACUGCACGUGCUGCCCUAAGAGGCCGAGCCGCGCGCACAGCACCGGGAGCAAGGUCUCUCCGUCCGGCAACGUGUUCGGCGACAGCGGAAGGGCGUCGCAGGGGGGCGAGGAUCUGCACGCCGCCACCACCCUCCUGCCGCAGCGCCAUCAGCAGGAUGGGCGGCAGGAGAAUUCGACGAAGGGGAGCGCCCUCGGCAGGAACGGCGUGCCUCCCGGGGACAGCGAGGAGCGGCCGCAGUCGAGGAUGUCUCUGGACGACUCCUGCAGGAGGCGUCAGGGAGGGGCGUCCGCCGGCGACGAGGGCGAGGAGGGCGCGGGGGAGAAGCAGACCCUCGUGACCGGCAGCAGGAAGGUCACCGUCGUCUAGUCCUUUGGUGAUUCCCAUUCGCUCGUCGCGAAGCAAGAGUUACGGAAAAAGAAGGAAAGGGGGGAAAUGUUUACAGCUUAAAACAGAACGUAAUAGGAUUAAUUAUCACAAUUACCUCUCGGCAUGAAGUGAAUAGUCAUCAGCCCUCUCGCUGGAAGUCAACAGUAGAAUUUGAGCCAAAGUGGGUGGAAGGGAGAGAAGGAAUAAACGGGGCUGGGCGAGAGGGGGCGAAAGCAAAACACGAAAGGGGAUACACGAGAAAAGAAUCGUGUAUAUAUUGUCACAGAAUAUUUACAAAAUGAAUUCACACACACACAACCCCCACCCCCUACACAACCCCCACCCCCGCAACCCCCACCCCGACACACACAAACACAAGCACACACAUACACAUUCUCGUAAUAGGUACAUCUGCAUAAAUGUGUAUGUAUGUAUGAAUGUAUAAACUGACCUCGUACAUUCUAGUCCUCUGUACCAAAGGGAGAUGCAUGAGUACCAUCACUGCCCUUGCAGCCUGUACACUAUGUCUUAUUUUCUCUUAUGUACGUAAAUAGUCGAAAUGAGACACGUAGAUAAUUAUCGGUCAGUAGGAUUGUUUGAAGCGAGGAGUAAAAGAGAAAAGGAGAGAGAUUGGGAGAAGAGAGAGAUGGGGAAAGGAGAGAGAGAGAGGGCAGAGAUAGGGAGAGGAGAGA